ACAAUCGUUUAGGUUAUGAGUGCAAUGUCUAAAACUAUAAAAAUAAUCAGUAGAACUCGCUGCAAACCCAAGUUCGAUCAUAGGCUGCACCAAAACAAAAGCUAUAGAUAUAGAUAUCGAAGUACUUUCGUUGUCGAAAAAUACGAAAAUGUGACAGGAUAUGAAGAAGCAAAACCCUUCGAAGAUAUUCCUGGACCCAAGGGACUGCCUUACAUUGGGACAUUACUUCAGUACAGGAAAGGACCUUUCAAUAGAUUUAAUGUGGACAUAUUCCAGGAUGCCUUGAUGUCCAGGUACAAAGAAUAUGGUCCUAUAAUGAAAGAAACUAUAGGUGGAGUAACUGCUGUUAGACUGUUUGAUCCAGAUUUUGUCAGAACUAUGUAUCAGUAUGAAGGCAAAAUUCCAUAUGUAGCCCCAUUAUUGGAUACAACAAAACAGUACAGAGAACAAAGGAAUCUUUCCCCAGGGUUAGGUAAUACCAAUGGAGAUGAAUGGUACAGACUUAGAAGUGCAGUACAACAGAUGAUGAUGAGACCAAAGGAGGUCACUGUUUAUCUCCCUUUAGUGGAACAAGUUGUUAAUGAUUUCAUAAAGCAUAUAAAAAAUGUUAAAAACGAAAAUGAUGAAAUUCAUGAUUUUAGACGUGAAGCUGCAAAAUGGAAUUUAGAAUCCUCAGGAAUGACAUGCUUUGAAGCUAGAUUAGGAUGUCUGUUGCCAAACAUUGAAGAUCAUCUGUUGAAAAUGAUACACUAUAAUGAUGAAAUAUUUGCUUUAUCUGCAAAAUUACAAGUCAGUCUCCCUAUUCAUAAAGUGUUUACGACACCACUAUGGAGGAAGCUUGUUUAUGCUGAGGAUUAUUUCUUUGGAAAUGGACAACAGUUAGUGGAUGAAACAAUUAAUAAGAUUAAAGACUUAGAGAAAUCUGGGAAAUUAGAGGACGGUGAUUAUAAUUUCCUUACUUACCUGAUUUCUCGACCAGAACUAAGUUAUAAGGAUGUCAGUAUUAUCACAUUGUCAUUGUUUGGUGAUGGAUUAAACACAACUGUUCCAACCUUACUUUUCACCAUGUUUUGUCUUGCUAAAUGUCCUCGUGCUCAAGAAAAGGCAUACCAAGAAAUAUCUCAAUUCUUACCACAAGAAGGGGAGAUAACACCUGAGAUUAUCAACAAAUUUGUUUACCUUAAAGCCUGUGUUAAAGAGGCGGCUAGAUUUAUGCCUAUAGGUCUUGAUAUAAAAAGAAUUCCACAGAAAAAUGUGGUGAUUGGUGGAUAUCAAGUACAAGCAGGGACAAUUGUAGAAUUUUGUAAUUUUGUCUUGUUUAAGUCACCUGACCACUUUGUUGACCCAGAAGAAUUUCUGCCAGAAAGAUGGUUGAGGGAUGGAUCGGCACAUAAUAUACACCCUUACUUGCUAACACCAUUUGGACAUGGCCCAAGGAUGUGUGCAGGAAGAAGAUUUGCAGAACAAGAAUUAUAUGUAUUACUGGGACGUAUGAUACAAAACUUUAAAAUUGAGUGGCAUGGGAAAGACAUGACUCAAAAGUAUCAGGUCUUAAUGGUACCUGACAAGCCAGCCACAUUUACGUUUGUCGAUCGAUGAUUCUUAUGUUUAUAAUUAUAAACGGAAACAUUUAUGUGAUACAGACAUAAUAAGUUAUAUAAUAAUCAGAUCAUGGCAAGAAAAGAGGAUUAAACAUCCAGACAAAUUAUAAAUGAAAUGAAACUGCAUGGAAAUUAAAGAAAUUGGUAAAUUAAGAGUGGAAACAUGUUUCAUGUUAUUCCACCAGUAAUGAAUACCAACUCUAUUGAAAAUCCAAAAUAAACAUCUGUGAUAUAUUAUGUGUAAAUAAGUUUGUAAAUGAUGAAUUAUUAAAGCUUUAGUUGACAU